AAAACAAACCGAUUAAUCAUCCAAAAUGAAAAUGAAUUCAGAUUAAAACUCUUAUGUGAAUAUUAGAUGAAAGAGCUUUUUAUACAAAUAUUUUAAAUGACCUUUUUUGCAGAGUUUCACUCAAUGAUUUCACUACAUACAGUAGCUAAAUAGUCACUAGUAUUUUCUUAUCAAAAAUACCCACAUUUUUAGGUUUUGCUUAUAAAUAUUUAACAAUUUGCUUUAGAAACUGAUCAAGAAUUUAACAUUCAUGAAUAAUCAUUAAUAUAAUAUCUAAAAAAAAAAAACUCAUGUUAAGCUCUCAUGUGGAUGUUUUCUAAUGAACCCCACAGUUCAGAACUUUGUUGUUAUUCUUCAGGCAUGUCAUGUGACUCAACAAAACCACGUGACCAGCAUUGAGGAAGUGAGCUUAGAUGGCAGUCCCAGUGAAAAAGCAGCUCUCGUAACUUCUUCCUGACUUCUUUGGGUCUUCAUGUUUCCCCACAUGGAGCUCGCUGUGCUUCUGGAGCUUCUGCUGUGUCUCGAAGCGGCUGUUCGAUUCGGGGUUCACGGACGGCAGCAGUGGCCCGUACCGUACAGACGCUUUGACCAUCGUCCGACUGCAGACUCUUAUUGUGAAGCUCUGUACCCGUUCUGCCCAACUGGAGACCGAGAUGGACGCAUACCUUACAUGAGAGAUGACGACGUCAUCUCCGUGUUCAGGCUGCAGACGCCAGUGUGGGAAUUUAAGUACGGCGAUCUACUGGGCAAAUUUCACAUCAUGCACGAUGCCAUCGGCUUCAGCAGUUCACACACAGGAGCCAACUACACCUUGGAGUGGUACGAGCUGUUCCAGCUGGGCAACUGCACCUUCCCUCACCUCAGACCAGAGGCGCCCGCACCGUUCUGGUGCAACCAGGGAGCUGCCUGCUUCUUUGAAGGCAUCGAUGACUUGCACUGGUUACAGAACGGCACCCUGGAGAAAAUAGGGGAAGUCACAGGGAGUCAGUUUAACGACAUGGCUCAGUGGGUGCAGCUCGACAACCAGACUGGAAUCUACUAUGAGACCUGGACCGUGCGCUCCGACCCCAGCCCCAACUCCACGGUGUGGUUCGAGUCCUACGACUGUUCUCAGUUCGUCCACCGAACCUACAGGAAGCUGAAGGAGCUGGGCGCCAAACUGACCAGCCGCUCGCCGACAUACUACACCAAGAUCUACCUGUACAGCGGAGAGCCCACCUACCUGGGCAACGACAGCGCCAUAUUCGGAACGCCUGCGCUGGAGAACCUGGCAGCGGACAUCCGCAAGUUCUACUUCACCUUCAGGCCGCACCAGUCAUUCCUAGACUUCGCCUUCAGCCUACUGGAGGCCUACAAGAAGAUCGUGAUGGACAAGACUUUUUAUCUCUACUACAACUUUGAGUACUGGCAUCUGCCCAUGAAGUAUCCGUACAUGCAGAUAGUUUACGAAGAACUGCCUUUACCUUAAGAGUCCUGGAGGACGGAGAGUUUUUAGGGUUUUUAAUUCAUUUUUUCACUGGAGAACAAAGAAAAAGGACAAUUCUUUUUGCUUUUUUAAAUUUUUAUGUUCGAUCCAGCACUUUUCUCAUAUCCAAGAAUGUUAAAAAAAAAGCAAUUAUUUUAUGCACAAAUAUAAAUCAUUUGUUGUUUAUAUCUAAACCUAUUUGGAAAUAAAAAAAUCUUUUAAUGAAAAAAAAAAAAACGGUAAAAUGUUGAAUAUGAAAAGUCAUUUUUAAGAGCUUGUUUGGAUUUGUCUUUUAAUUUACGUUUUCCAUUUUAAUAAGGAAGGAUUUGAUAGUGAAACAGGAAUUUGUGCAUGAAAUAGUCUGUUGGCCAGAGACAUUUUGCACGUUCGAGAUGACCUCAUAGCCCUGGGAGAGAACGGGGCGGGGACUAAUCGAUGAGUGACGGGCAGAGCGAAGCAACCCAACGGACCUGAAGAUGAGGUCCAUCUUCCUUUUAAAAACUGCACCAAAGCUUCACCAAUAUGCCUUCUUAAAACUCCUACAAUGAUUUCAAUAUUUUUCCAUCCUGUUCAUUUUCAAGCCGUUCCAAAACUGCUUUAACUUGGAUUGGGAUUAUUGUCAAAGAAAAAUUGAAUAUUGGAAUAAAUUAUUUGUUUUGUCCCACAGCAGUCCUGGACUGUAAGGACCGAUUCUUCUUUCUUACUGAGCGUUUGAGCAACAAUUUUGACCCCAUCAUAUAUUCAAAAACUCCCAAAAAUGUACCUGGUGAAUUUUGGUAACCCCAACGUGCAUUUAGAAUGUAUAGAAUCGUUCAUUUUUGCUCUGAUUUCUUUUAAAAUGUUGGAAAUUUAAAAAAAAAAAAACUGCAAGUGCAGCAAUAAAUAAAAAAUAAUAUUCUUGAACGAUGCAAGAAAACAAUACUGUCACAGGUAAAAACAAUAAUGAAACAACAAAUAAUGUACAUUCACGUCAUUUUAUUUCAUUAUAAGACCACAUGUUUGUAUGUCAAUUCAGACCAGUGUCCAGUAAAGCAAAAUAAACAUUUUUCCCGAGUACAGAAGCCAAACUAAAAGGGCGUCACAAUCAGCGCUGGUUAACUGUUGAUUUAGUUAUUUAUUACAGACAUUUCCAAACAAAUAUGGAUGAGGGGUUUGAUUAAGAUGACUUGAAUACCUGCUGCUUCUCAUCUGCAACUUGAACCUUUUCACUGACUGAAUAUUUUCAUUCACAAACAGGAAAAAUCCAAAUUGCAGAUGAAGAAUUUCUGAUUACAAAGCGUUUAGCUGAUAUGUGUCUGUACCGACGGCAUGAAAGUGCGAUGAAGAGGAGAGAACUCAUCCAGAGGCUCUACAGUAGGGGUGUCAAACUGGCCACAUUCAACCCGUCUGAUCUGAAGUGGGCCGGACCAGCAACGUAAUAGUAAAAUAAGCCUGUGGUCAACUAAUCUGUAGCUUCGUUUUGUUUUUUU